CUCUUUUCUUUUCUCUUUUAACUCCAAUUAAAUAUGAAAGUUACUGAUAAGAUCACUAAAGCCGAACAAGAAGGACGUCCUUUCUGGUCCUUUGAAUACUUUCCUCCCAAGACCCCUCAGGGUGUUCAAAACUUGUAUGACCGUAUGGAAAGAAUGCAACGUUACGGCCCUGAAUUCAUUGAUGUAACUUGGGGUGCUGGUGGCACCUCUGCUGAUUUGACUACCGAAAUUGUCGCUACUGCUCAGUCUGUCUAUGGUUUGGAAACCAUGAUGCAUUUAACCUGUACCAACAUGCCUAUCAAGCAAAUUGAUGAUGCUUUAGAGGCCGCAAAGAACUGUGGUUGUCAAAAUAUUCUUGCUUUGCGUGGUGAUCCUCCCAAGGGACAAGAAAACUGGGAGUCUUGUGAAGGUGGAUUUGAGCACGCUGAUGAUCUUGUACGUUACAUUCGUCAAAAGUACAAUGAUUAUUUCUGUAUUGCUGUUGCAGGUCACCCUGAAGGCCACAUUGAUAAUCCUGAUAAAGAGGAUGAUUUGUUACAAUUGAAGAAUAAGGUUGAUGCAGGUGCCGACUUGAUUGUCACUCAACUUUUCUUCGACAUUGAUUCAUUCUUGACAUUUUACAAAAAGGCCCGUGCCAUUGGAAUUACUGUCCCUAUCUUGCCUGGUGUCUUCCCCAUUCAAAAUUACACUGGACUUAAGCGUGUCAUUUCCUUCAACAACAACUUCGUGCCCCAAUCUAUUUGGGAUGCUCUUGAACCCAUCAAGGAUGACGACACAGCUGUAAAGGAGUACGGAAUCAACUUGACUGUUGACUUCGUCAAGAAGUUCCGUGAAGUCGGUAUCAAUGGUUUCCAUAUCUAUACAUUCAAUUUAGAACGUUCUUCUCGUAUUCUCUUGGAGCGUUUGAAUUUGAUGGCUCCCGUCGAAAGUGUCAAGCCUUUACCUUGGAACCCUUCUCUCACUACAAAGCGUGCCAAAGAAAACGUUCGUCCCAUCUUCUGGAAGAACCGUGCAAAGAGUUAUAUUCAACGUACUGAGACUUGGGAUGAAUUCCCUAACGGUCGCUGGGGUGAUUCUCGUUCUCCUGCUUUUGGUGAGCUCGAUGGUUGGGGAAUUAAUCUCAAGUACCCCGUAGAACAAUGUAUUGAAAUGUGGGGCACACCUACCACUGUUGACGACAUUGCUCAAACUUUUGCUCGUUACUGUAAGGGUCAAAUUGCCGGUAUUCCUUGGAGUGCUCAACAAUUGGAUGCUGAAACUGAUAUUAUUCGUCAACGUUUGGCUGCCAUCAACAUGUUGGGUUACCUCUCCAUCAACUCUCAACCUGCUGUCAAUGGUGUCAAAUCUUCUCACAAGGUUUACGGUUGGGGCCCCAAGAACGGCUAUGUCUUCCAAAAGGCUUAUCUCGAAUUCUUUGUUUCACCUGAGAAGUUGGAUGAAUUGAUUGAAAAGGUCGGUAAAGAUCACCAAGUGACUUACUACGCUGUCAACAAGCAAGGCGAUCUUCGUACAAAUACCCAAAGCGAUGAGCCCAAUGCCGUUACUUGGGGUGUAUUCCCUGGUAAAGAAAUUGUUCAACCUACCAUUGUUGAAUCAGUUGCUUUCUUGGCCUGGAAGGACGAAGCCUUUGAGCUCUGGAGUAAAUGGGCACGUAUCUAUGACCGCGAAAGUGAAUCUGCUGAAUUAAUUUUGGACGUUACCAAGAGUUGGUACUUAAUCAAUAUUGUUCACAACGAUUUCCAAGAUGAAAAUGGUAUCUGGAGACUUUUUGAUUUAGAAAUCGAUGGUGAAAUCUCUCGUAAAUUGUUAAACAAUGUUGCUCGUUAAUAAGCUGACAUUACCCCUCUCACCUCCCCCCUUUUUUUUAUUAUCUACUGUAAUUGUAUUCAACAUGCCCUUUCUAUAUAUAUUUUCACAUCCCCCAUCUCCUUUAUAAUAUCUUUCUCUUUUUUUUUGUACGUAUAUAGUAUUCAACUACCUUUGAUGGUUCUCAUAUUCCCCCUCUUAUAUACAAAAAUUAAAAAUAUCUUUUUACUAAAAUAA